AUGAAUGGACAAAAUGACACAUCAGCAGGCAGUCAGCCUGACUGCAAUCAGUCGCAGUUCAGGUGCAGUAAUGGGAGGUGUAUUCCACGCCCCUGGGUCUGCAACGAGAACAGAGACUGUGAGGAUGGCACUGACGAACUCGGUUGCAGUGUGCUGACGUGUAAGAGAGACGAGUUUCCCUGCCGUGACGGCGCAGGAUGCGUCUCCCGCAGCGUCCUCUGCGAUGGGGCGGACAACUGCGGCGAUGGCAGUGACGAGGCCUCCUGUCAGAACUGCACCGGGGACUCCUUUCAGUGCGGGCGGACGGAAAUCUGCGUGGCCAGAGCCAGGCUCUGUGACGGACAGGCCGACUGUCCUGACGGGCAGGACGAAGGCGGGGACCAGUGUCCGUCGGCCGUGCUCCCGACCAUUCCCUUGUGUGCUGACUCGGAGUUCCGUUGUGGCGACGGUCAAUGCGUGCCUCACUCCUGGAGGUGCGAUCACUCCCCCGACUGUGGCGAUGGGAGUGAUGAGGACAACUGUGAUCAGAAUGAGUGCCGUGUAAACAACGGCGGCUGCUCUCACCUGUGUGUGGACAUGCCUAUGGGCUUCCUCUGUGACUGCCCCAGCGGUAUGAGGCUGGUGAGAGACACCCACUGUGAGGAAAUUGAUAUGUGCCUGGACAUGGACGUGUGUGACCAACUGUGUGUUCAUCAUAAUGGAACCUUCAUCUGUGAUUGCCAUGAGGGUUACAUGAUACGUCCAGGGACAGGAGAGUGCAUGGCAGAAGGAGGUGUUGCCCAGCUUGUGUUUAGCAGUUCUGAGGGGCUUCGUCUGGUCAGCACUGCUGGAUCGGAGUACAGGGAGCUAUCCCCAGGCUCGCUGGGGCCUGGAGCAAUGGCCGUCUUCGCAGCAAACCACACUCUCUACUGGGCCGGGCUGGGAAAAGGCUCUGUCUACAGGAUACCUAUGGAUGGAAUCUCUAAAAAGCCUGUUCUGUUGUCACAAGGCCAUGGCGCUGUGCUGGGAUUGGCUGUGGACUGGGUCCGUGAGCUACUCUAUCUGACCAAUGCAAACAGUCACUCAGUGAAUGUUGCUGCAUUGGACGGUUCUUCACAGCGUCUUCUGGUUGGAGGGUUGGACAGGCCAACCGGGGUGGCUGUGGAGCCGUUACUAGGUCUCGUCUUCUGGGCUGACAGUGGAACCUCCCCCAGGAUUGAACGAGCCACCCUGGACGGACAUAACAGGACAGUGCUGGUGACCUCAGUCAUCCGGAACCCAGUUGCCAUUUCGCUGGAUGGGCCACGGCUGCUUCUGUUCUGGGCUGAUGCGGGGAUGCGCACCAUUUCCAGAAUUGACUUUGAAGGGCGUCAUCGGAAAACAGUGGUUGAAUCGAAUGGAUACCUGGACAAGCCCUUUGGCUUAGCGGUGUUUGAGGGACGUGUGUAUUGGAGUGAAUCAACGACACAGUCUAUCUGUUCAGCUGAAAAACACAAUGGCAGUCACUUUCGCGUCCUUCUUCACAAUAUAAAAUCUCCAGGAGGAUUAGUACUUCUACAUCCAGUACUACAAUCCAAAGAAUCAGUUGUUUCUCAUCCAGUUCCAAAUCCGGUUCUGUCAGAUCACACCUUUGCUGGAAUCCUUGCGGUUAUUGCCCUGCUGAGUGUGCUACUGGUGGGACUGAUCCUGUGGUGGGGGAGAGAGUUUAGCCCCUCCAGAACCCUCAUCCUUCAAGACUUCUCUCUGAAGGAGUCCCAGGACCCCCUCAUCCACAUGCCAGCCAGAUGCCCUCAAACAUGUCCUAUCAAGGACACACUCCUUCAGCUGGACUCGGACCACGACUGAGUCCUGGUGUUGAGUACCGUCCUACACCACCAUGCCUCUGAGGGACUUGUCCUCCUGCUGCGUGCCUGAUGAGACGAAACAGCAAAGGUUAAGGUUUCCCAGAUUCGUUAAGAAGCUCUUGACGCUCAGAGCUUCUUUGGAGCGUUCUAAGAACCCUCUAGAAACGCUCUUAGAACGCUCCUAAGAAGCUGUUAGCGUUAAGAGCUUCUUAACGAAUCUGGGAAAGCCGGCCAAGGAGAAUUCUUGCACCUAUUCCCAGUCCUCCUACCAGACCUCUUAUCUUUUCCUUGGAUAACAAGGCCCUGGAACACCUCUAGGACCAAUUCCAACCGAAUUAUAAAGUUAUUAUGUUGUGGUUUGACAAAGAAACAAAUAUGCUGUUUUCUGUAGUUGUUUUUGACUAGAAUUUCUUGCAUAUAGAGUUUAAUUGAAAGUCAAUCGUGCCGGGAAUGGUUUUGUGUGAUCGGUUUGUUUCUUGGUUGGUGUCCUCGACUUUGUUUAGAACAGUCUGAACACAAAUUGUAUAAUCACUCUCUUGAUAAUACUUCAGCUUUUGUGCUGAUUAAAUUAUUACAGGCAACGUAAGAUGCAUAUCAGUUGAAUCUAGAACCUGCUGAACAAUUUGUUUAAUGUGUAUGAGCUCAUAUUUAUUUUUGAAGAUGGUUUUUCUUUGUACGCAGUGAAUGCCAGUCAAUGCCUACCUCGUUGAAAGAGUACACCCUGUAAACAAAGCAAUAAUAUAUUUGUCAUUCAAAAUAAUAAAAUAUUGAAUUG